GAAAAAUUCAUUACAUAUUAGGCUUCUAUAUAUUUGGGUUCACUAAGCCAUGUCAGCUCUUUUCAUUUUUCGAUUUACAUUUAUGUUCAAGCAAGCACUUGGUCUUGGUCUCUGCUCCUCGCAACUCUCAACCCGUUGCAGCAAAUCUGAGAACCUGCCAUGGACAAUACAAAUGACUGGAGAACUCAUUUGCCAUUUGGUUCACGACAGAAGAUCGUCAGCAAGAUACUGGAGACACUAAAGAAGCACCUUCCGUAUUCUGGACCAGAAGGGAUUAACGAGCUCAAGAGAAUUGCUGUCAGGUUCGAGGAGAAAAUUUUCAGCGGUGCUGUUAAUCAGAAUGAUUACCUUCGGAAAAUAUCCUUGAAGAUGCUGACAAUGGAGACUAAGGCGCAAAAUGCAGCUGGUUCUAGUAGCAACCUAGCCUUGGACAAUGUCAUGAUCAAUAAUGGAAAUGUAGAGCCUUUUCUCCUGAACCAAGAGCCUGCCAUAAACUCAGGUGACUGGAGAACUCAACUGCCACCGAGUUCACGACAGAACAUUGUCAACAAGAUAAUGGAUAUACUAAAGAAGCACUUUCCAUAUUCUGGACCAGAAGGGAUUAACGAGCUCAAGAGAAUUGCUGCCAGAUUCGAGGAGAGAGUUUUCAGCAGUGCUGUUAAUCAGACUGAUUACUUCCAGAAAAUAUCCCUGAAGAUGCUGACUAUGGAGAAUAAAGCUCAGAACGCUACUUCUAUCCCUGCUGAUAGUAACAAACUAGCCUUGGAUGGACUGGGCAGUCUUAUGUUCAAUGACAAUUCAGUGCCUUCUCUCCCGAAAGAAGAACCUGCCAUGAACUCAGGUGACUGGAGAAUUCAACUGCCACCGGAUUCACGCCAGAAGCAUGUUGACAAGUUAAUGGAAACACUGAAGAAACAUGUACCGUAUUCAGGGGAAGAAGGAAUCGAAGAGCUCAGGAGAAUUGCUAUCAGCUUCGAGGAGUUAAUAUUCAACACUGCUAUUAACCAGGUGGAUUACUUUCGCAAAAUAUCGUUAAAGAUGCAGACUAUGCAAGAGGACGACUAAGUAUAAUUGCGUUGAAGGUGGCGUUUGGAAACUUUCAGGCGAUUCCAUAUAUAUAUAUUUGUAUUUGAUAAUAUUAAGAAGAGAGCUUGAAAGCCUCCAAACUUAGGACGAAGGCAUGAAUUAAAAAAAAAAUGUUAAUUCUGUUUGUAUAAUUGGUAACGAACUAAUGAUGAUUUAUUUCUUGCGGAGGAAGCCUCGUCUUGCUCUCUCUCAUGUUAAGUAAGGCUUGGAGUCCUCUUCGGGUUUGUAUGCCAUAUAUGCUUAUGCAAAAACUUUCUUUACAGCUUUUA